CUAUACGACUGUACAGUAUGACGUGUCUGACCUUGCAUGUUGAUGUUUUAUUAUUUAUUAUUCAAUAUUCGAAUGAGAAAAAAACGAAAACUUUAAAAUUCUAUAAAAUACGAAGAAAAACUUUCGUAAAAUAACAACACACAAACUUUUGAUCGGAUUAUUAGUUCUUAUUAGCCGUGAUUUCGUGUGUUACGCAUUGGAAGAAUAGUAAUACAAUAUUUUAACGAGUGAAAGAAAAAAACAACUCCAACGAAAAUCUGUUACCUACACAUGUAUUUCGUACGUGAAUCUAUAAUAUUUAUUUCAGAUGUGGUAUAACGUUUACGGAACGCAUAGAGCUUGAAAACCAUUAUCCUGUGCAAUUACAGCUUUCCAAACACAAUUGGUUCCUUGGUUCGUUAAGUAAACACUUGCGUGUAUAAGACGAACCGUAUUAUAGUUGGUAUAACAUCAUAUACGAGUACAAGUAGUAUAACCGAAUGAGUGUUUCAACUGUUCACUCGUACGUUGUUUCCUGAAAAUGUGGAGUGUACAUAAGUUUUUAUUUUUUUGUUCGUGUUUAGUAACAAUAAAAUACGGCGAAAUAGGUUCGGUUAGUAUUUCAGAUUUGAAUAAAAAAAUACAAUUCCAAACAUUAUUGAUUGAUAUAUUUAAUGAGCGUGUAGUAACAUUUGGACAAUUUGAGUACAAUGUGUUCUUAUAUAAUCCAUAUUCCCUUGACGAAUUUGAAGGCUCUCGUGUGAGUCAUUUAUACACUUGCAUUAACUGCGAAUUUGCCGCUUGGACUCAGCACCAGCUGUACGCAUUUCUAAAACCUUUCCCGUUGAUAUUUCAUUCGUCGUUUCAAGAUGUAUUCAACAACGUGUUUGGAUUAUUGAAUCAAAAAAUGAUCGACCAAAUAAAUAUAAUUUUAAAAUACGUCGAACGGUUCAUACAAAUAUUAUUCGAAUUACUAGACGCAUUUACGUACGCAUCAUUAGUUGACACAACGUUACUGAAAUCGCUACUAUCGUUGAGCAUGAAAAUUAAUUUUAUGAAAACGACAUUGAGUAACUGUAAAGUCGACGAAAAUGGAAAUUUUUACCAAGGAUACGACGAUGUCAUAGUUCGUAUUAUUGUUGAAGAAAUCAACGCUAUUCAAAGUUUCAGAGCUUUGAACUGUAAGUUUUCGGAGGUUUAUUACGACAAAAACCCGUUUUACGGUUAUUGGAUUUCCCAUAAAUUUAAUUAUUAUAAAGAAAAUCACAUGGACGUAUUUUUCGUAACAAUAAAUUCGGAUGUAAUAGAGUCCGACCAAACGCAACGCUGCAAUUUAAAAGACAUGUUAUUGGGAAAUAUAAUGAUGCACCCUGAACAUAUUCUUACACGAGAACUGGGCCAUGCGAAAUGGAAUACAGAAUUCGGACCCGUUUAUGUUAAGGAUGUUUUUAAAAGAAUUAUUGAACAAUCGUACGAAUUGGAAGUGAUAUUCUGGUAUCAAGAAUUAAUGAUUAAAACAAUAAUGAAACUCUUAGGUACCAAACUGAUAAACGAAAAACCUAAGUUUGAUGCCGAUAUUCAUUUGAGAUUAAAAAAAUUAGCAGAUUUUUUCACGCUACAGAAAUUUCCUAAUUUAUCAACAGAAAUAAUCGAUUUCUUUUCACUUUUAGCGACCGAAACUGAAAUUCAAAAACAAUAUUUUCAAGACGCCAUACAAAACCAUCUAGAAUCGUUAGAGGAAAUUGAAUUGGUAACCAAUGCAGAUCCCAAUUCUAAAAUAAUUGAUGAACAAAUCGCUAUGAAUCAAUUACCGAAUGGUUUACUUAUGUUCGAUGAAAAUUCUGAGGAUUGGACUGUAAAAGAUAAUACUAACCAAUAUUCAUUACCUUUGUCUACGUUCAAAUCUCUGUUAAAUGCCUUGACAGAACCCGAUGAUGCUCCCGAUUUUAAAUGUUUCGUUCAGCUGUUUGAAUUUUUGAAUUUCGAGUACAACAAACACUACAUACCGUUCCUGAGAAAUCCGAAGAAAAUUAAUUUGUUUGUGGAGGGCAUCAUUGUGAAUCCGUAUGACGGGUCUGGCAAUGUAGGAACAUUUGAUCGAUUUAUCACUUCAAAAAGCACUAAGCCCGAUUUUAAAAUCAAAGAGGGGUGCAAAUUUUUGAAGGGACUGUUUCACUAUUGGUUUAAAAUAAUCAUAGCGCUUAACAAAUCUCGUGAAAUAUAUACUAAAAUAAUUAAUAAAACAUACUUUAAUGAAGCAAAACAAAUGCUUAUUUACAUUAUGGACAAAUUAAUCGACGUAAAUAAUGGGAAUGAGGAUGACCCAUCCUUGAUUCAUCCUAUUUUCAAAACUGCAACUUACAUAGUGGCCCUCUUAGAAACGAAUGGUGAACGACUUUUCCGUGACUCUAAUAUUGCCGAAAUAAGACGACUGCUUAAUGUAAUUAUGACCGGAUUUAAUGAGUACGCGCUGGCUUACUGUAAUACUCCAGAAUAUAAUUUGUUGUUAUUCAACAACCUAAAUUUCAAUUUUAAAAUGGACGUGGUUAACAAAGAUAUUGAAUCAUCGUUGGUAGAAAUAAAAAAAAAGCGCACUGGAAAUAUAUCCAUCCGUUAUUUUAGAUUAGCUAGAUUUUACAACGCUCUCGUUAAAGCCCCUAUCAAUUUCAGCGAUAAAAAUCAGCUAAUUUUCUUCUACUGGAAAGGUGGACAUUGGACUAUCCAAGCGAUCUACACUAACAUAACUUCCAUUAUCUUACACUAUUCGUAUUUAUACGCGUUUUACGAUAUUUGUUAUAAAUACGCAAUCGCUGCAAUUUAUUGUUUAUUGGCCGAUUUACAUAAACAUAUGCAAAACGCAUUUUUAGCGAAACAGUCUAGUAUACAGGAUAAACCCGACGGUAAAGCAUCAAGUAACAUUUCUAAGUUGAUUAAGGGAAGACGUGGAGCUACUUCUGCCGACGACUGUAAAACAUUUUCAGAAUUAGGUAUGUUAAUUUUAUUUGAUAAUAAUUCAUUUAAUAGCAAUUAUGAGGGUUUUGUAAUGAUGUUGACAAAUUAUCUAACAUCUAUUCAUGCCAAAUUCUGUUUGAAUGAAUUAAGUUUGAAUGGAAAAACGGUGGUAGAUAUAUCAGAUCAAAUUAAAACACGUUUAGAAACAUCAGGCGUUCUUAUCUACUGGCCAGAAGACCAAACAGUCGAAUUAACCGAAAGUAGCGACUCAGGGGAUGCAGACGAACCAAGUUAUCAAAAUCAACAAGUUCCACCAGUGCGAAAUAAAAGCAACUUAAAGUUGUCGAGUUCACAGGCUAAAGAAUUAGUUACAGGAAAGGCGAAACGAUUUUUUGGAGUGGGCAGUGUACCCAAAAAGAUUUACGAAAAAAUUUCCAAAUUACUAACAUUCGUAACUAGGAUUACAGAUGGCGUGCAGUGAAUUUCGUGUACAUUUUCAUGUUUGGUGUCCGUUUCAAGAGCUGAAAAUUACAUUACUUUUUAUUACUUUGUACUUAUAUAAAAACUAACCGUAAUUAAAUGCACACAAUACACGAUUUCGUCGUAUUUUUGUGUUGUUUUUUUUCUAGGCUUAUUUUAUUAUAGUUUACAUGUAUAGCAACACUUUGAAUACAAUAAAAUCACGUAAUUUUCUCG